ACGCCAACGGGCCUACUAGCCCAGCCAGAGAGAGAGGUUUUAGAGCGAGAGUGUGAAGCUAACACCUUCUCUCUUCGUUCUCGACCUCGAAACCCUAGCGAUGGCGAUGAUGCAAGGUGUGCAGAAGAACACGCUUUACGUGGGAGGGUUAGCGGAGGAGGUGAACGAGUCGAUCCUCCACGCGGCGUUCAUUCCGUUCGGCGACAUCAAGGACGUGAAGACGCCGUUGGACCAGGCCACGCAGAAGCACCGCUCCUUCGGCUUCGUCACCUUCCUCGAGCGAGACGACGCCGCCUCCGCCAUGGACAACAUGGACGGCGCCGAGCUCUACGGCCGCGUCCUCACCGUCAACUACGCCCUCCCCGAACGCAUCAAGGGCGGCGAGCAGGGCUGGGCAGCACAACCUAUUUGGGCGGAUGCGGAUACCUGGUUUGAGCGGCAGCAGCAGGAGGAGGAGAUGCGGCGGAUUGAGGCGGAGAAUAGGGCGGCGAUGCAGGCGGCGGAGGACUUGCACCGGAAGCAGGUGGCGGAGCAGCGGGAGGGGGAGAAAGAAGAGGAAGUUGAGAUCCGUGAUGAUCCCAUGGCGCAGGCUGAAGCAGAGGUUCUUCAACAGAGCAAUCAAUGACUUGUCUAAACGCUAAGUUUUUGCUUUUGUUUAUUUCUUAUCUGUAAUGUGAGAUGAUGAAUCUUGUGUAUGGCGUGACUUGUUUCUAUAGAUUUUGGAACAGGAUAGGUAGUGGAAUGAAAGUUCCUGAUCCUUUGGAAAUGAAAUUGAACUAUACUGACAUUUUGAUUCAUUUGUAUAGGUAGAAUGUAUUAGAAAGGUAUGUUGUGAGUAUUUUUGAGGGGAGAAUAUGUAGUUUGACUCUUCUGCUACAUGAUUUUCUAGUUCAUCAUUUAUUCAAUGUUCUUCAUUUGCUUUGAAUGUGGAAAUACAAGGAUUUAAUGUUAA